AUGCCGAAACUGUCCAAAAAUGCCAAAAAUGUCAAAAAUGCCAAAAAUGCCAAAAAUGCCAAAAAUGCCAAAAAUGCCGAAAUGUCAAAACUGACAAAAAUGCCAAAAAAUGCCGAAACUGUCCAAAAAUGCCAAAAUGUCAAAACUGACAAAAAUGCCAAAAAAUGCCAAAACUGUCCAAAAAUGCCAAAAAUGUCAAAAAUAACUAAAAAAUUGUCUAUUUUUCCUAUACUUCCUAUACAUGAUAUGUCAUUUAAAUAA